AUGAGUGGUGGAGCAAAGGCAACUAUACCUACAACUGCUGCUACACCUACCGAUACAGCUACAGCCACAGCAGCGACUACAGUCUCAGGCCCGUUGUCUGACUCAUCUUUCGGAGAACUCGAAGAAUGUCAACAUGUCCCGCCGCCUAUUGCGGCGCCUGAAGGACUGAAGGAAGCGAUAGGUGCUGCUGGCUUGGCAGCGUACAGCACCCCCCUGCAUCUGACGGGCGGCGGUGUUGAGGAGAGACCCCAGAGGGUCAGUCGAGUGCUUCAGCGGCUGUGCGGUUGCUCGUGGGCCUCUGCACAGAGACUCCUGCGACUCAAGGAGGCAUUCGUUGUCUCUCGAGAGAGGAGUCCAGCGGAACACUUGAAGCAAGUGAAUGAUGCGAGACACAGAAAGCGCACAGCUUGUGGCGCGCGGCUACAGCCAGGGUCAACGCUGUACUACCCACGCAACAGCAGCAACAACAGCAGCGAAAGCAGCAGCAACACCUCGGAAGAGCACAAUUGCCGACGGCAGCCAUAUGAUCAGAACGAAACGCCAGGGUGUUCCAACGAAAAAGCUAUGAUUAUCACAUUUGGAAAGGCGCACAAGAACCAGAACGGGAGACGUAUGCAGCUCCCAAUACCGCUGACUGCCCCGGGGCUCCCCUGCAGCGGUGCCGCCCUGCUGUGUCGCAGCCGCUCUGCUGCCUCCGUUGUUCGCAAGGCCAUUGCUCGGGGUGCUGUAGUUAUGUUGCCUUUUAACGGCUUUGAGGUUUUUGACGCUGCAGAAGCUUCGCCUGUACUUGCGCCGGAGUCGUCGAUCUGCAGCGUAGAAAGCAGAGCAAUGCAUUACAAUAUUCGGUGCAGCGCGGAUGCUUGCAGGCCUUCGCUGCCCACUGAAGGGAGACCGGCUGUACGCUCAGCUGCUGGAGACGUGGCAACACGAGGAAAGAAAAAUGCAGAGGUCGCGGGCUGGUGGUUGUCUAGAGACGACAGAUCAGGAGGUGUUCAUACGCCCGAAAGAAGUUGCUACUUCGCUGCCGUUGCAUCUCAAGCGAAUGCAGUGGAGGACGUUCGCAGGCAAAGAUGUAACUGUGGAUGCGCCGUUAGGAGAGAAUUUAAUUACCACACUGAAAGCAUGCGGCCUUCCGACCCGCCAAAAUAUUCAGGAAUACAUGCGGGGUUGGCUCUCUCGUUAGCAUCUGCAUCGAUGCCACCAGCGACAGCGACGACCAUGUACGAAGUUUACAGAUUGGACACAUAA